AGCGAGGCGAGAUACCCCACACUACUACUGAGGAUGUCCACCCCACACCACACCGACCCCAAUCGACCCUCACCCCAACAACUCUCUCUGUCUCUCCUCUCAUCCACAGCCGCCGCCGCACUCUUCCGCCCGGCGAUCCCACCGGCCGACGCCCUCCACCCUCAUCCCCUCCACCUUCCCCCACCUUCUAUCCAUCUAUAUGCCCCUAGACUAGAUCGAGCAGGCGGGCGCCGUCAGAUCGGGAUCGGUCAUGCCCACGGCGGGGCAUCUGGAUCCACGGAGGGGAGAGGAGGACGGCAGUGGCGGCGGCGGCGGCGAUGCGGGCGGUGCUGGCACGGCCGGGGAGCGCGGCGGAGCAGUCCAGGCGGGCGGCGGAGGCGGUGCGGGUGGUGGCGAUCGGGAAGACCAAGCUGGUGUCCCUGCUGCGGCAGCUCUACGACGCCGGCCACCGCUGCUUCGGUGAGAACUACGUCCAGGAGUUCGUCACCAAGGCGCCGCAGCUUCCAGAAGAUAUCCGGUGGCAUUUCGUCGGGCACUUGCAGAGCAACAAGGUGAAAUCGCUUGUAGGAUUGUUGUUCUUUGCCAUAACACCACAUCUCACUCCGCGCAUCAUCUCUGGACACUGCUCUUCCGCUGCUGCAACCCAGCUAGCACCAAUGACGCCAUGCAUGGAGCAAGUCAAGGUCUAUAUGGAACGAGCACUCCAUCUCUGGCAGUAAAGAAUUAGACAAGCGGUUGAUUUAUUUAGUGCUGACUUCUGAAGAACUGGUUGGGGUUUUCUUGUUUAAUUUCAACUCGUGUGCAUGUGCAGCAUCACCUACUCAGGUAAUUAACCGGCAUUAUGCAACACAUCAACAUCCUCAAAGUAUCGUAUCUGAACAUUUUGUGUCUUUGUACCAACAAAUCGGUAUAAGAUUGUGCAAGUAACUAUUGUUCAUGUCCAAAAUAAUUUUUCAGUUCGUAGUCAAAGGAUGUUAAAAUUUAGCAGAACCUGUAACCUGUAAUAACAUCCAGGAAUUUGUAGUCCAAGUCGGUUAAUAGGUGAGUCUGAUUUGAUUAGAACCUGUAUCCACUGGUGGUGGCUGCGUCCAUAUAUAUACACCAGCUGGGUUCAUUCAAUGGAGUAACCUACACUAGCUCAUUCACUACUAGUUAGAUCAAUGGAGUAACCUGUUAUUUCUUUUGCAUUUUUUACAGUAAAAAGUCAUGGCUCACCUAUUAACCGGCGGCCGUAGAAGGACUAAUCACCUAACUGAAACACUAAUAAUCAGAAGAUAGAUUGAACUUCGUUUAACGGAUAUACAACAUAUUGAAUUAUUUUGUAUUAGGUCUAAUUGAUAUAAUCAUGUCUAAUAGAGUUCAUAAUCUUUACUUUGAAGAUCUGUAGCUAGACAUUAGAACUGUUGACAUGCAAAUAAUUAACUAACUGCAUGUCGUACUUGAAUUACAGGUUUUUUGUUUUCGUCACUCCUUUGUUAUAUGGAAGAAGACUUCAUGGUUAGCAUUAUUUAUUAUAACACAUUCAUAUAAGAUUUUCUUGCCACUGUAAGUAGGAAGUUAAUUUUUUAUAUGUGCUAGUGGACAAGUGAGGAGUUCUGUAAUCCACUACAUCAUUUUGUCAUACAAAUUUGUUUGUUCUUAUAUGUGCCUUCGGACUAGCAAUUGUGGAGGGAGGGUAAGGCAGGCCUAGGAUGUUUGUGCGUGCAUUUAACACAUCUUACAUGAAAUAUACCAUUAGGGGAAACAGUGGAGGGAGUUCCAGCUAGUGGCAGAGAGAGAAGAGAAUUUUACUGGACUAUCAAUACUUCUUCAUUGGUUGAACAGGGAGGUACUUGCUCCUAUAUAAGUAUGGAGGCUGUCAUGAUGCAGGCUAUUUCACCCUGGACCUCCAGAGAUUCCAGUUUGAGGGAGUGAACAUUUCAGCAUGGUGUCGAUUGUACUCACGCAUAUAACAACUUACCACCAUCGUUGUUAUCUACGUCGACGAUAUCAAGUGGCAAACUUUCUGUUGCGUCCUAGUUAUCUCCCAGCUUUCAUAAUUAUCACACUGCUUGUCUCAUGCUAGAUAGUUCAUUAUUUUGAUUGGUAGUUGUCGUUACACUAUUUUGUAGUUGCUACUUUUUAUGUGCUCGUGGCGAAGCUAACCAAGCUCAAGAACAUAACAAUGAUUCAUUUGUUUGUCUGUUUUCGUUGCCAUUUUGAAGUGGUAAUCAGAAAAGCAAAAUUGAGUGAUGAUCUUGAUUAAUUUCUCAAGGGAGUAUUCACCAAAAAAUUCCUUAAUGGAGUUGCCAUAUACUCCCUCAGUGUUUAUCUUGCAAAAUGAUCCUAUAUUAACGGACGGAGGACUUAAGUAGCAAGAAUAGUUUGUGCUCAUAAACUCUUUGAUUUGAUCUUCUGAAGAUAAAUUAGAGGCAGAACAACCAUGCUUUUUUAGACAUUUUGAACUUCUUAUCCACCUCUAUCUCACUCUGCAUGCCAAAUGCAAAGUAACCGGUUUGUUGAGCGCUGCUACUGAGACCCCUGUGUUUUUUAAGUUAGAAAUCUGUUAAACUAGCUAGGUAAACUUGUAGGCUAAGUAAACCUGUAGACCCCUGUGGUUCUUAAAUUCUUUUAAGAUCAAUUUCUUAUGUGUACCAAUCUUUUUCUGGCUAUUAUUCCAGGUUUCCAACUUGUAUUGCAAAGUACACUGUAAACACAUAAAACUGAGUCUGAGUUGUUACAUGUCUCAAAUUUUAUUGAGGUCAAAAUUAUACGAAUGUGAAUAUUGGCCAUUCUACUUCUUCCUGUCCAUUUCUUGUAUAAGCAGUUUACCAAGUCUUCUCCAAUAGUAAUGCAUAUGUCAUGUAUGUUCCUAUUCGCUCCCAAUUUCCUGAAUAUCUAUGAUCUGAAUAUGCAUAAUUUUGAUAAAUUUGGCAGGAACUCAGGAAGGUGCCGAGGAGAUGCUGGACCAAGGCGUGGAGGCACUGCAAGCUGAAGAGCACAUAUCUGCAGAUGCUGGAGGCCGGGCCGGUGAGCCGAGGAUUGGAGGUAGCGCUGAUUGGUGUUUUUAUGAAGAGAUAGGAUGCCACUGUUUGGUGUUUUUAUGCAUUUUGGUUUGCUUUUAGCUGUGUUUGCACUAGCUGGGAGUAAGUGACUUGGCAAGAAGUGUAGGUGUUUUAAUUGAAGGCAUGAAAAGCCAUGACAAUAUGUAUGCUCUUCCAGGAUGUGCUCUAAUGCCGCUGGUUUAUUAUAAAUCUUGGAUUAGUAAUGAUGUGUAA